AUGAGACAAAGCCGGGAGAAGGACUGCUACGGCGCGCAGACAGGAACUCGCUCUGACUUGCGCACACACUCGGCAGCUGUGAUGUGUCACAAGGCCGAACAUCAGUGCAGCUGCUGUGAGGAUGAUGCCCCUUCGGGAUGCUUCAUGGUCACCAGCGUUAUCUCCUACACUGUAGUCUGCUGGAGCAGCAGGCUGAAGGCAGUUGACAUGAACAGACCCACCAAGCUCAUCAGGAGAGUUGGCUCUGUCCUGGGGGUUGAGCUGGAUUCUGUGAUGGAUGUGUCAGAGAGGAGGAUGCUGAGGAAACUGCUCAGCAUCCUGGAAAAUACCGCCCACCCCCUGUAUGCCACACUGACAUCCUGGAGCAGUGAAGAGAGUGACCGGGAGACGGAGGUGUGGGAUGCUGCAGGGAAGGUGUUGGACCGCUGGACCAUUAUGUCUCGAGAAGAGGAGAUCAUCACCCUGCAGCAAUUUCUUCGCUUUGGUGAGACCAAAUCCAUUGUGGAACUAAUGGCCAUUCAGGAGAAGGAAGGUCAAGCAGUUACAGUUCCCUCCUCCAAGACAGACUCUGGGAUUAGGACAUUCAUUGAGAGCAACAACCGGACCCGCAGCCCAGGGCUCCUGACACAUCUGGAAAACAGUAGCCCAUCCAGUAUUCACCACUUUGAGAAUAUACCCAACAGCCUAGCCUUCCUGCUACCCUUCCAGUACAUCAACCCAGUCUCCGCCCCUAUGCUUGGAUUGCCCCCAAAUGGCCUGCCAAUGGAGCAAUCAGCUCUCCGGCUUCGUGAGCCCAGCCUGCCCAACCAGAGUGAGCAGGUAGACACCAGUGAGUCCGAAGUGUCCCUGUCACCCUUCCGCACAGGACAGAGCCCCAGCCGUAUACCCCUUGCAGCCAUGAACAACAUUGAACCCAAGACAGAACCAAACAACAGAGCAUCACCUAUUUCACCAACCCCUUCCACACAGCAAGGUCAACAACAGCAACAGCAGCAGACACAGCUCCAACAACAGCAGCAGCAACAGCAAGGCCAACAGCAGCAACAGAGUCAACCUCAGCAGCCAAAUAGCUUGACUGACCAUCAGGUCCACCAUCACUUUGUCAAGGAUGAGCAGUCUAAAACCAUCACACAUGCUUCUUUUUCCUCAAAGAUGCACAGAAUGCGCCGAAUGGGUGCCACUUCACGCAAAGGCCGUGUGUGCUGCAACUCGUGCGGUAAAACCUUUUACGACAAAGGUACGCUUAAGAUUCACUAUAAUGCUGUACAUUUGAAGAUUAAACAUCGUUGCACGAUUGAGGGCUGCAACAUGGUCUUCAGCUCACUACGCAGCCGCAACCGCCACAGUGCCAACCCCAAUCCUCGACUGCACAUGCCCAUGCUGCGCAAUAACCGUGACAAGGACCUUAUUCGUGCCAACUCUACCAGUGGUACACCUGUAAUCUCGAGCACCAAGAAUGGUGGUUUCACACUUACAAGUCCUGGAAGGCCACCACUGGGGUUCACGACUCCACCAGUAGACCCUAUGCUUCAAUCACCCCUACAAAGCCCACUUGUGUUUCCCUCCCUCAAGUCAGUGCAGCCAGUCCAACCAGUUCCCCCAUUCUAUCGCACACUACUUUCCCCCGCAGACCUUGUCAGUCCGCCGGUGUCACUGCCAACCAGUCCCAUCCUACCACCUACCACCAACAGUACCACCCUGAUGGACCAACAACAGCAGAUCCUGGCUGCAGCUGUGGCUUCACACAAUAAUGUUCACGUGUCAGAAGCUGGACCCAUGUCCCACCGUUUACCUACGCCAAGUGCCAACCAGGACGUCACCACUGGCAACAGUGACCCUGCACCCAAGAAAAAGCCCCGUAAGUCCAGUAUGCCAGUGAAGAUUGAGAAAGAAGUGAUUGAUGUGGCAGAUGAGUAUGAUGACAAAGAUGAGGAUGAUGAUGAUAACAUCCACCAUAAUCACCACCAUCACCAGUCAUCCCUUCUUCACAACAAUGUCAAAAUUAAUGGAAACUGUAACAGAAACAACAACAGUGGUAAUGGUACUGGGAAUCACAGUGGUGGUAGCGGGCAGCAGUCCCCUUCCCAGGAUGAGAUGAGCCCUGGGCUAGCUCUGAGAGGCAUGAUGAGGCAUAGUGAAGAUGAGUGCAGGGAAGGUGCUCGGAGUGACAGCAGAGGAGUAAAUGACAUUCGAAGCUCGAGUGAGCUCCGGUGUAUGGACAGUUUUACCUCUGAAGACCAAGAUCAUGACAGAGACUUUGAGAAUGAAUCUGAAACCUCUGAUUCUAAGAUGUUCUACCGCGAUGAUAUGAUGGAAGUAGAGGAACACCAAAAACACAGCAGAGGUGCAAGGCUUGACAAGGAACAUGAUGAUGAGGGUAAUGAGGAACACCAAUUGAGAAAGGAUAUGGAAGGCAAGGGGCACUCAUCACCUUUACCUCACCAGCUCCCCAUCAAAAUCAAGGAAGAACUCAAUGACCCUACUUAUGACAUGUUCUGCAUGAGCCAGUACGGCCUCUAUAAUGGAGGCAUGGCAGCGGCAGUGGCCACCGCAGCAAGCAUGGCUGCUCUGCAUGAGAGUUUCAUUUCAUCGAUGGGGUACGGUGCCAGCCCUCCCAAGUUCCCUUCCUCCCAAUCACCAGAUGGUGAUCCGUGCUCAAGCCCCGACCCCAAGAUUUGCUAUGUGUGUAAAAAGAGCUUCAAGAGUUCGUACAGCAUGAAACUGCACUACAAGAAUGUUCACCUCAAAGAGAUGCACGUGUGCACUGUGGCCGGCUGCAAUGCUGCUUUCCCCUCCCGGCGGAGCCGAGACAGGCACAGCUCCAACAUCAACUUGCACCGCAAACUGCUGACCAAAGAGCUGGAUGACAUUGUCCUGGACCCCCAACUCAAACCACUGCCCAAGGACCUGCGAGCUGAAAUACUGGCCAAGAUCUACGCCGGGCACCACACCAUGGUCUUUGACACGAUGGCCGGGAUGGGCAUUGGUGGUGCCAGCCUUGGGCCCACUGGCAUGAACCAUUUUGCUCGUUCCCCAACAAGCAACGAGUAUCCCCACCACUUUUUCAACCAAGACCUCAGAAACCACCACACCAAUGGCUUCUCCCGUGGUCAGUCGGAUGACUACGUGGUGUUGGACCUGAGCACCACAUCCAGUGUUCAAUCCAGCAGCAGCGUCCACUCCUCACACGAGUCAGACGAGGGCAGCGAUGAAGGCAUCUUACUGGAUGACCUGGAGGAUGGAGAGGAGGAUGAGGAUGAUGGAAACAGCGAGGGGGAGGAAUGCUUCCAGCAUGCUGAGGAGCAGGGUGAAGGGGGGCGCCGGGAUCAGACUGGAGAACUAGGAGGAGGAGGAGAAGGAAGUAGUGAAGGGUUGGAACCUUUCUCCUCACCGUAUCUCCUUUCGUCUAGCGGGGGCAGUAACAGUGGCAGCAGUGGGAUCCUCUGCAGCAUCUGCCACAAAAUGUACAGCAACAAAGGGACCCUGCGGGUGCACUACAAGACUGUGCACCUGCGCGAGAUGCAUAAGUGCAAAAUCCCCGGUUGCAACAUGGUGUUCAGCUCUGUUCGCAGCCGUAACCGACAUUCUCAGAACCCCAACCUCCAUAAAAACGUACCUUUCUCAACAACAAUAGACUAAAUAAUGACUCGCUACCCUACCCUCCUAUCAGUUUGCCCAUUCCUCCACUCAUUCCUCAUCCUAAUUCCUCCUUAAAUUAGCUUUUAUCCCCAGCCUGGGGCCAUCAAAAACAAGCUAAAUGCCUGUACGCCUCCUGGCCAUCCUCUGUAAGUCAUUGCAAGACAUUUCUGUGCCCUGUUAUAUAUUUCAUCGACUCGAAACAUUUUAUUCUCGUGACAUAUGACUUUUCCUCAUUUGGAAGAAGACCGGCACUCUUGAGCAUGGAGUUUUCUUUUUUAUUCUCCCACCAUCUUUCCUUUUCUCCACACUUUCUGUUUCAGUCCGUCUCCAAAGAACCUAUUCAAACUCUUAUUUGUGAUUUUUGCCUGCAGAAAUGAUAGUAUUG